AGCCAGAGACUGCCGAGCAAUGGAGUAAGGCCGCCUAGAGGAGAGCCGACCUGUCGGCGAAACCCGAGGGCGCCUGGAGCGGAAGUGGAGGAGCAGCCGGAAGCAGUCGGAAUCCCAGACUGACUGACUGACCGGCUUUGACAGGGUCUGGAGCUGCGGAGAGGAGGUAGCGGCCAUGGAGUUGGGCGAGCUGCUCUACAACAAGUCCGAGUACAUCGAGACGGCAUCUGGGAACAAAGUUAGUCGGCAGUCGGUGUUGUGUGGAAGCCAGAAUAUCGUUCUCAAUGGAAAGACCAUUGUGAUGAAUGAUUGUAUUAUCCGAGGGGAUCUGGCAAAUGUAAGAGUUGGACGCCAUUGUGUUGUGAAAAGUCGUAGUGUUAUAAGGCCACCAUUCAAGAAAUUCAGCAAAGGUGUUGCAUUCUUUCCUUUACAUAUCGGGGACCAUGUCUUUAUUGAGGAAGAUUGUGUGGUCAACGCAGCUCAGAUUGGUUCCUACGUUCAUGUUGGCAAGAACUGUGUGAUUGGACGCCGGUGUGUGUUGAAAGACUGCUGCAAAAUUCUUGACAACACAGUAUUACCUCCAGAAACUGUGGUCCCACCAUUCACUGUCUUCUCAGGCUGCCCAGCUCCUUAGAACCAGGUCUUUCUUUCCCCAGGACUCUUCUCAGGGGAGCUCCCGGAGUGUACUCAGGAGCUGAUGAUUGACGUCACCAAGAGCUACUACCAGAAGUUUUUGCCCUUGACACAAGUCUAGUGUCUCUGCCUCAUGUCUUGAAUUUGCUUGAGCUCUAAGAUGAACUUGGGGACAAAGUAAGCCUGUCACCAUCUACAAAGAACUCAUGUCUUUGUCAUCUCUCACCUAUCUUUAAAAAAAAAUCUUUAGAAUUUCUCAAUCCAUCAAGACUCUAAGAAGCUCUUAAGAAUUUAAUAGCAGGCUGUCCGGAGGAGUUACCUUCGAAUGCUGUGCUCAUA